GGAGUGGAAUGUCCAGCCGGUGAAAUGUCCGGUCACCGUCUGCGGAGAUAUUCAUGGGCAGUUCUACGAUCUGAUCGAGCUUUUUAGGAUAGGCGGCAAAUCUCCUGAUACCAACUACCUUUUCAUGGGAGAUUACGUUGGUGAGUUUCGGAUAUCCUAUCUCGGAUUUUCAAGAUUUUGACGGUUGUAUUUAGUAGGGUACUAAAUGUUGGAGCUGUGUACAUAAUAGGUAAGAGAACUGUGUGCAGUGGUUUGGAUUUGCUGAGUUCAUAUGAGAAAUGAUCCCUUGGAUUGAUGUGAAUAUAUUCAUCUUUGUAAUGUAAAGUUGAUAGUGUGAAAGAAGAUGACAACUUAGAAAAUAAGAACUUCUGAAAGUUUCAGAAGUGUAAUUUUCCAGAAUUGGAAUGUGAUAACUUUUUUUAUUCCAUGUACAUCUAUGCUGUGAGUGGGAGCUCCUAUGAGGAUGCAAGCAUGUUAUGGCUAAAAGUUGAGGAUGCUUUAGACGGACUACCACUGAGUAUCCUGCUAUUAUUCUACAUUUCCACUUCUGGACACGAUUAUAAGUAAAACUCUAUGUCUGCAGUCUGCCUAACAUGUCAAUCUCCGUUUUUGUGCUUCGAAGGAUAACAUACAGUGUUUGGAUGAUGGCCUGGUACUGUGACUUAUGGCAGGAUGUUUACACCGUGGAUGAGUUGAAUGAUGUAUCUUCAUAAACAAGGCACUAAUUUUACUCUGAGCAGGCAAUGUUUGACCAAGAAACAUGAUUGUUAAAUAUUUUGCUAUGAUUCCAUCAUUUGGUUGUGUACUGCUGACCUUGAUGUGUAUGUCUCAAGACCGUGGAUACUAUUCAGUGGAGACUGUUACACUUUUAGUUGCUCUGAAAGUACGCUACAGAGAUAGGAUUACUAUUCUUAGGGGAAAUCAUGAAAGCCGGCAAAUCACCCAAGUUUAUGGUUUCUAUGAUGAAUGCUUGAGGAAGUACGGAAAUGCAAACGUAUGGAAGUUUUUCACUGAUCUCUUUGAUUAUCUACCUCUGACAGCACUUAUUGAGAGUCAGAUAUUCUGUUUGCAUGGAGGACUUUCACCAUCUCUGGAUACCCUUGAUAAUAUCCGAGCUCUGGAUCGUAUACAAGAGGUCCCCCAUGAAGGUCCAAUGUGUGAUCUGUUAUGGUCAGACCCGGAUGAUCGGUGUGGCUGGGGAAUAUCUCCCAGAGGAGCUGGCUACACCUUCGGACAAGAUAUAGCUUCUCAGUUCAACCACACCAAUGGGCUCACACUCAUUUCAAGAGCUCAUCAGCUUGUUAUGGAGGGUUAUAACUGGUGUCAGGAUAAGAAUGUGGUGACGGUAUUUAGCGCUCCAAACUAUUGUUACCGGUGUGGCAACAUGGCUGCCAUUCUAGAAGUCGGGGAAAACAUGGAACAAAAUUUCCUUCAGUUUGAUCCUGCUCCUCGGCAGAUUGAGCCGGACACUACAAGGAAGACUCCAGAUUAUUUUUUGUGAUUAUCAUCUUUGUUAGUCCUUGCCGUGUCAUUGUUUGUAGUUUUCAGUGUUAAUGCCAACUUGUAGAGCUAGCUAUUUACAAGUUUUCCUUGAGUUCUGUUAAUUCUCAUACCCAUAUAAACUCCUUGUUGUUGUUGUUUUGCUUU